AUGGUUAACAUCUGGCGGAUCUUUAAGCCAAGUCAUGGAGCUUCAAAACCAAAGAAAUUUCCUAUUCACCGUCAUUUCUUACAACCUUCAGUGUUUCCAUUUGAUUGCUUUGGUUGCUCUGAAAUCAAGAAGGGAGAAACACAAGGCUAUUAUUGCCCUCAGUGCAAAUUCUAUGUCCACAAGGAAUGUGCUGAGUCUCACUCCGAGAUCAACCACCCUUCACAUUCACAUCCUCUCAAGCUCCGUACCUGCGGACCACCUGGUUAUAGCGAUGGAAAUUGUCGCUUGUGUGGAGAAACCCUUCGGCUUUUGGUUUAUCACUGUUCCACUUGCAACUUUAGUUUAGACACGGCUUGCGCGAGGAAACACGAGAUUCCAAGCAUUGACUACCCCAAAGCCCAUGAGCAUAGGCUUCACUUGUUGGCCAAACGUGUCUCUUUCCCUUGUGCUUGUGGUAAAGACGUACAUGGAGCUCCUUACUUGUGUCAUCAAUGCAAUUUCAUGAUCCAUAGAGACUGCGUUUUCUUACCGCGUGAGAUUUACCUCACACGCCACAAGCACAGGCUUUUUCGAAGCUACUUCAUUGGCCCUGGGGAAUUCGCUUGUGGAGUUUGUCGUCUUGAGUUAGAUUGGAGGUAUGGAGGAUACCGCUGCUCACAAUGCCCUGAUUAUGUCAUCCAUUUGAGAUGUGCAACAAGAGAUGAUGUGUGGGAUAGAAGAGAACUCGAGGGGAUACCUGAAGAAGAAGAAGAUAUCGAAGAGCCGUUCCAAGUGGUACAUGACAAAGUGAUUAAGCAUUUCAGUCAUGAACACUUUCUCAAACUCGAAGAAGGUGGGAUUGUUUGUCAUGAGAGUGUCCAAUGCAGUGCUUGUGCUCUACCUAUCUACUUAGAUCCAUAUUACAAAUGUUCGAGUUGUGCUUAUGUUCUUCACAAGACCUGCUCUGAGCUUCCCCGGAAGUUAAGGCAUGAGCUACACAAGCACACUCUUACUCUACGACCAAACACUAGUCAAACUGAUGAGUAUGGUUAUAACUUAUUCUAUUGUACUGUGUGUCAGCGUCUCUGCAGUGGUUUCAAGUAUGUAUGUCUUGAUUGCAAUGUCGAGAUAGAUGUACGAUGUUGUUCAAUCAGAGAGCCGUUUAUCCAUGAAAGUCAUCCUCAGCAUCGUUUGUUCUACACCUCACCAGAAUCCAAGCUUUGUGGUGCUUGUAAUGAGACUGCAUCAACUGUGUUGACUUGCGUUGACUGUGACUUCUCCUUGGGAUUUGACUGCGCCACUCUGCCUAAUAAGGUAAAGCACAAAUGCGACACACAUUUCCUCUCUGUCUGCUUUGGAGAGAAGACGAGUAAGGAAUAUUGGUGCGAGGCUUGCGAGACAGAAGUUAACCCGAGUACAAGAUUCUAUACAUGUGAAGAUUGUAGCUCCACGCUUCAUAUCGAUUGCGUGAUUGGAGAAUUCACAUUCUGGAGACCAGGGUAUAUCGCCAUAUCACAUUACGAAGUCGAAGUUGUUCCUAAUGUCUCUGCAUCUCGACCUUAUUGUCGUGUGUGCUUUUGCCGUUGCCAAGACACGUCAGGUAUCAUACAUAUCUCAGGCAAGUAUAUCUGUUCUUCCAAGUGUUUAGAAAACAAUUUCAGAUUCAGCAUUACACUUUCCAAGUCGCCGACUCUGAAGAUGCCACUCUUUGGGGAGCUUUUUCGACUUGAACCAUAUUAUUAG